GCCCUCGCGCGUUGCCUUCCCAGCGUGCUUCGCGGCCGCUGGCAUCACAACCGGGAUCGGUUGCGCUUCCCCGGCGGCGGCGCCGGCCCGCCUGCCCCGCGGCCCUCACAGCCUCCGAGCGAGAGCUGAGGUCGCCCUGCCUGCCGUCCCGUCCUCCCGCCAUGCCCCCCAAGAAGCAGCAGCAACCGGCGGGGGGCAGCAAGAAGGCGGACCAGAAGAAGAAGGAGAAGAUAAUCGAGGACAAAACAUUUGGCCUAAAGAAUAAAAAAGGUGCAAAACAACAGAAAUUCAUCAAGGCUGUGACUCACCAGGUUAAAUUUGGUCAGCAAAAUCCACGUCAGGCUGCUCAAUCAGAAAGUGAGAAGAAACUAAAAAAAGAAGAUAAGAAAAAAGAAUUACAAGAAUUAAAUGAACUCUUCAAGCCUGUGGUUGCUGCACAGAAAAUUAGCAAAGGUGCUGACCCCAAAUCUGUAGUUUGUGCUUUCUUCAAGCAAGGACAAUGCACUAAGGGAGACAAGUGCAAGUUUUCUCAUGAUUUGUCUCUGGAACGGAAGGGUGAAAAACGAAGUGUCUACAUUGAUGCAAGAGAUGAGGACCUUGAAAAAGAUACAAUGGAUAACUGGGAUGAGAAGAAGCUGGAAGAAGUGGUGAACAAGAAGCAUGGUGAGGCGGAAAAGAAAAAACCCAAAACUCAAAUAGUCUGCAAAUAUUUCCUUGAUGCUAUUGAAAACAACAAAUAUGGAUGGUUUUGGGUAUGUCCGGGUGGAGGAGACAACUGCAUGUAUCGCCAUGCUCUUCCUCCAGGUUUUGUGUUAAAAAAAGAUAAAAAGAAGGAGGAAAAGCAAGAUGAAAUUUCUUUAGAAGAUCUAAUAGAAAAAGAGCGUGCUGCCUUAGGACCAAAUGUUACCAAAAUUACUCUAGAGUGUUUUAUUGCAUGGAAGAGAAGAAAAAGACAAGAAAAAAUUGAUAAGGCUGAACAAGAUAUGGAGAGGAGGAAAGCAGAUUUUAAAGCUGGCAAAGCAUUAGUGAUCAGUGGACGUGAAGUAUUUGAAUUCCGCCCAGAGCUGGUUGAUGCAGAUGAUGAAGAAGCAGAUGACACCCAUUAUAUUCAAGGAACGGGAGAAGAUGAUGAGAUGGAAGACCCUGUGUGUAUAAAUGAUGUAGAUUUGAACCUGUAUGUCCCAAAGGCUGUAGAUGAGACUGGUAUUACUGUGGCUAGUCCUGAGCGAUUCAGCACAUACAGUUCAAUAGAAAAAGAUGAUAAUAAAUUAAGUGAAGCUUCUGGUGGUGAUAUAAACAGCAGUGAGCAAAAUGACUUGGAAGAAGAUAAUGAUGGAGAUGAGGAGUUGGAAAAUGGAGUAAUUGAUGCAGUUCCAGUUGAUGAAAAUCUUUUCACUGGAGAGGACUUGGAUGAACUAGAAGAAGAACUAAACACUCUUGAUUUAGAAGAAUGAAUUAAAAAGCUCAAAUGAGGAAUUAAAUCUAUAUGACAAAAUGAAAACUGACUACAUUUUUUUUUUUCUUCCUUUUUGAAUAGAGUUCUUAAACAGGAUGUUUAUGGUUACCCAGCUGAUUCUGAUGGGCGAAUCAUAUACCAGGAAUAUUUUCCUUCAGUCUCAUCUACUCCAGUCUUGACUAUGCUCACAGUAAAAUAUUCAGAGUAGUUGAGAAUUACCUGACAGUUGAAGUUGCAGAAAACGAGAUUAUAACUUUCGACUAAAAGUAGGAAGUAUAACUGCUUUGCCAGUAUGCAAGUGUAAGUGGGCAAUUUGAUACCAGGUACAGUAUAAAACAUUCUUCACCAGAACUGCAUUUUUUAUUAGUGGUUGUGAUGAUUCAGAAACUGUCUGAAGUGUCUUUAGGCAGCAUACUCUAAUGAAGCUGAUGCAGGUUAUGCUUCAAGUCGUGAUUAGCUUUAUUUGAUCAGCUUGGUAUUGAAGAUUGUGAACUGAUACAUCAUACAAUACAAUAUGGUGCCCUCUGUUUAAAAUGUUUUAAAAUUUCCCACUGCCUUUUGCCAGCAAAACUGUAAAUAAAAACUAUCAACUUUAAAA